UUGGCUAAUAAUAAGAACUUUUGUCGCAUUUGCAAUGUUUCUUGUAAAAUUCUAGAGAUUUGCAGUCAAAUGCCGGCAGAAGUGCGAAUGUUUAUAGAGGAAGACAGUAUUGAAAGAUUGACAAAUAACAUUGAGAAAAUUCGUAGCUUUCAAGAGAACCAAGCACUUCUAUUCGAUGAAAAAACGAAGCUUUGUACUGAAGAAUUUAAAAAGUUCAAAGAUACUUUGGAAAGAAAGUAUAAUAAAAAGAAGGAAAUUAAUGAAGCUAUGGAAGUUGAGUUUAAUUCUAUGAAUUGUUUGAAAGACGCUUAUCGAUCAAAUAAAAUUACUUCUGAUAUAUUUAAACUUGGAUCAAGAUUAAACAUGGAUUUCAGUCCAAAACGAGGUUCAAGUGACGUCGGUUCGAGAGCUUCCUCGUCACAUACUCAACGUUCAUUUUCUUUAACAAAUUUAAGUUUAAAUCAGAAUGAAUCUCGACCAUUCAUCAUUUCACCUCAAAGUUCUAGAAAACUCAGUCCAAUAAUGGAAACAAGUGGAACUGAAAUGACACCAUCUAGAGCUUUUUCACACACUCGUCAAAUAAGUCAACUUCAAUCAUCAUCACAUUCAUCAAUCUCAAAUCAGUCAACUCCAAGCUCUCGCAGUUCUUCACGUUAUCGAAAUGAUUUACGAAAAGAUCUCUUAGAAAGUACUUUGCGUCAUAUGAAUAAAAUAAGUCAAGAAAACUAUCGAGAAAGAUGCCGUCAAGAGUAUUCAAGAAAGUAAUUAAAUAAUGUAAAAUAAUUGAAGAUAAAUAUUAUGAAUUAAUGAAUUAAUAAACAAACCUCC